GGGCACAGCAAUGGAACGGUGCCGAAUGUAAACAGUACACCCUGUUGGAGGACAGGUUCGUCUUUUAGCGGAGAAAUGAGACUUUUAUCGAAGGCGGUGCAGUCUGCUGUAGGUCAGAAGGAGUGGAGCCGCAGACACUUCUGGGGCUGGCUUAAUGCAGUCUUCAACAAGGUCGACUAUGAGAGAAUUAAAGCCGUAGGUCCAGACCGAGCUGCGGCCGAGUGGCUCCUGAGAUGUGGGGCCAAAGUGAGGUUUCAGGGUUUUGACCGCUGGCACAUCGACUACAACGCACUGCCAACAGGGCCUCUGGGAAGAUACAAGAUCCAGGGCAUCGACGCCACAGAGUCCUGCAUCAUGUACCGAGGGUUUGACCACCUGGAUGGUUUGAAAUUCUUGGAGGAAAUAAAGCUUAACAAAUGCAUCUACAUCGAGGACACGUGUCUGGAGAGGCUGAGUUCCAUAGCGAACCUGCAGGAGAGUGUGUACAUGAUGGAGGUGGUGUCGUGUGGAAAUGUCACCGAUAAGGGGAUCAUCGCUCUGCACAGACUCAAAAAUCUGGAGUAUCUGUUUCUCAGCGAUCUUCCUGGCAUCAGCGACAGAAAAACGACAAUCGAACGACUUCAGACGGCGCUGCCACGCCUGGAGAUAGCACUGGAUUUGGACUGAUGUAGAGAGAGCUUCAUAUUUUAGUGAAACAUGGACGCUUUCUUUAAUUUUUUUGUAGCUACAGGCAGCAGACCGGAGUGUUAAUGUAGAUCCUUCAGCUUAGAUGUUAACUGGAUUUACAUGAGUCUAAAUGUUCUGACUGCACGAGGAAAUAUUCACCUGCAGGUGUGAUCGAGCAUCAGUCCAGCAAAGAUAAACGUAAAGCACUUUAUGUUGUUGACUCCUCUCUUUCCUGUUUUAAACAUUUAAGAUGUUGAAUGUGGCUCCACGUGUGGUUUCACAGAGGAAAAACUGGACUUGACAGAGUCGACAUUCUCUUUGUACAUUAAUUUGGCAUUUAUUCAGAUUAUCUGAGGACAGACAGAUGGCUGUGAACAUCCUUAGCACCAAAGUUACAGAGAAAAACAGCAAAAUGUGAUAUUUAUGCUACCGUAUGUUCAGAAAUUGAGGUUUGUAUUCACUCCUUAUGUCAAUAAAUAUUUUCAGAAAUGCU